GACCGCAGCCACAUGGAGUACGACCCCUUGGUGGACCUUCCUGGCGGCGACAAUUUUCACGAUGUGACUGCAUUAUUCGAGGAUGCUGCUGAAGAAAUGCAACCUGGGGCUCUCGUAUUGACUGAGGGAUUUACUCUUAUGGAUGCUAUGUCGUCAUUCGAGAUAGGCGAACCACGCUUCGAUAGUGGCUUGGCGCUUCUGGACAAAUCUAAGCCAUCGUUCAACCCUCUCGCCCCGCUUACCCCAGAGGAAGUGUGCUGGAUCAUAGAUCGCUCAGUUUCCUGCGAGAUGGAAUGGCACUCCGGUUAUACUCUUUCGCAAACCAUAUACUCAUUCCUUUACGUUCACUCCUUGAAAGAGAUCGACCCUGACCUAGUACCUGGGGGCUUACCGCCACGCUCAGACAGCUUGCGUCCGCCAGAGCUAAUCACAGUCGUUCUAAGGGCAGCUCUGUUGGGCCUUCUCAAGUGUUGUGACCUGUCCUGGAGGGAGCUAAAUAAAGGGAACGUGUACGAUGCCGAGGAUUGGCAAAGCGAGAAAUGUGACGUACCCCUCUCCGAGGCUCUGCCCGUCAAAUAUAUUUGCAAGGUGCUUGAUGAAGCAUGUCAUUGGCUCGAGACCUCGGGCAAAGUUCAGCAACCUUGGAAGGCCAUGCUCAUGAACCGAUUGAUGUUUAGGAAGUCACUUAUCGUGUUGUUCGAGAUACAACUGUCUCAACCUCACUCCAAUUUGCUUCCGACGAUGAUCAAUCUAAGCCUGCAAUUAUUGCAGCCUAUCAUGGCAGUUACUCCGUCAGAACCUACCCUAGACUCCCCAGCUCGUCUUGCGUUUGACCCUCAGUUUCCUCGUGUUAUCGUAUCAUACAUCCCCCUGCAUGUCCUGCAGCUACCCGACCAAGCUCAUACCUGGGCUUUACUGGAGGGGUUGUUGACAUCGCUGAAAAACGUCAAUUAUCUGGCAAAUACAGCUGAUCUGACGACAUGGGAGAUUGCUGGCCAUCUACAGCUGUGGUGCCCACUGCCCCAUAGUCGGCUUCCAUACUCUGCAUUCUGGGACGGCGUCCUCGUACUCAACAAGUUUGCACUCAAUCAUGUUGUGGUCCAGUUCUUUCGCGAAACACUGGACAUUUCUUAUGACACUUUCACGCAAAAUAUCAUAACCAGGUGGCAGGGUCCGGCGCCUCCACCCCUCAUACAGAUUGAACGUACCAUGACGCAGAUACUGAUUGCAAACGUAAAGUCGCUAUGGUAUAAUCCACCACGGCGGCGCCGAUUCUGCGCGAAGUCCCUUUUCGAUUGGCACGAGUUAUUUGCCGUGUUCAUGGACGUAUGUGCGCGCCUUGCGCCCUUGGUGAACCAAAAAAAGCUUGACCAUGUCCGUCGCGCCAGGGUAGCCAUCCUAAUGUAUAGGCUGUCUGUGAUCCGCGAAGUUGUUUUAUCGGGAUUCCAACUGUCACUUUACACAAAUGAGGAGCGCGUGUUUGCGUACUGGUAUGUCGUACAGGUGCUUGAAAUGCACUUGUCCUGCAUAGAUCAACUUAUGCCAGGCAUGUCAAGCGACUCAAAUGCUUACUUUGAGUUGUCAUAUCAGUCGCAAUUCCUCACGGCAUUGCAGUCCCUGUCAAUAGCUAUCUUCGUUAUCACGGUCAAACAAACGACCUUCUCGUGGCGACGCACGAGGCUCAACUUUCUGCGACGCUACAAGUGGGCUUUUGCGCUUGAGUACGAUGACAUUGAUGUGCAACCCUUCGGACAUCCAAGCUUCACCAAGUUUGCUACAGCAUGCGAAUCCAUGCAAAAGGCGAGUAUUUUCAGUAACCAAAAAGAAUUGCCUAUUCAAAUCGAAGAUAGGAUAAACAAAGUCCUAUCUUGUUUGCUCACGUCACCCGAUGGCUGGGCGGGACGAUGGAGUGAAGAACGGAAGAAGUUCGUCCAGAGGCUCCUGGAUGUGUGCAUCGAUUUGCAGAGACAGCUCCCUUCAACCGAGCAGGCCUUGACUACAUGGGAUGCAAAGACUUUAAAAUGGGAUGCGGAUGUUCAUCCUUGGUUUCCGAUUAUCUCUGGAUCUCAUCCAGCGCCACCACGAUAG